UAAGAGUCAACUCCCAAUCGUGAAUGAAUCAUUCAGGCCGGUUUGUGAAUCAGUUCAAUCGAAUCAUUGAUUUGUUCACGAAACGGACAUCUCUAGUAGGCGGUGCACCCGCGGACAUGUGUGGUCGGAUUGCUACAUGUAAACACCAAAGUCUUAAUACGUUCCCAAUUAAGUUUCUAUAUUAAACGACUACUCGUUAUAUUGAGGGGCACCCAGUUGGUGUUUUUAGUGCUGAAGAAAUGUUUGUGGCGGCUUUCUCAGAGCAGGAGCAGAGAGAACUAGCUGAGAAGCUGACUUCGCUCCUGGCAACCUACAGACACAUAUCAGACUCCUACAUAAUAGAGUUCUUCAGUGAGAGUUUGUGGGAUACUCUGCCUGUGAGCUGGCAGGACGCCCUCGGUGAUCUUACACCCCCACAGGUCGCUGAUCUGCUGCUGGAUAAAGAGAUUAAGGACAGGCGGUACCCAUCUGUGUGGCCUCUGUCCUUACUGGCACUGCGGACAGCAGCACAUGCGCUGUCGUUUCCACGUAAAGCACCAGAUGGGCACGGUCAGGACACAGGUGCAGCAGUGCCAGAAGAGUUUCAGUCGAACCAGUGUCAGAGUUCUUUGUUAGGACACAUUUUCCGUAAACACGUCAAGCCCAAGAAGCAGCACGAAAUCCGCCGACUAGGCACGCUGGUCAAGAAGUUGUGUGAUCAGGCUAACUGUAGCUGUGUGGUUGAUGUUGGGUCUGGACAGGGCCAUUUGACAAGGUUUCUGUCUUUUGGACUCUGCCUAGAUGUCACUGGAAUUGAGGCUGACCCUAACCUUGUUUCCAUGGCUACCAAAUUUGAUAGACAGCUUGUAUUGACACUCACCAAAGAGAAUCAAAAGUCUGGAAAUUCUCAAAGUCUUCAUUCUGCACCUGGUCCUUCUCCUCGUCAUGUGGUGGGCUGGGUCAAUCCAAAGGCUUCAUGGGAUGUCUUCAUUCGGCAGCUUGGUGUGACUGCAACUGAAAGUGACAGUAUUGGAGCAACCGCUGGGCCAUAUGAAAAGAAACAGCGGGUGGAGGAGCUGAAUCUAGAGCCGCAUUCAUCCCAAAUCAAAGCAGAAGACUUACAAAAUACACUGCCGACUCAGAAAACCGACAUCAAUACUUCAGAUUCUGUAGCCCAAAUAAACACAGGGGUUUUUCCAUCAGGGAUGGCGACCGAAAUUCUUACCUGUAAAAACGUACCAGUUACUGAUUGUGGUGUCAAAAAACCUGGUCGUUUUAUACUCACAGGUCUUCAUGCUUGUGGAGACCUUAGCUCUACACUUCUGCGUCAUUUCGCCAACUGCCCUCACGUUCUGGUCAUCACAUCGGUUGCUUGCUGCUACAUGAAAAUCUCAACCCAGGAGAACCCAAACCCUCCAGGCGUUUUCCAGCCCCCGUUUUCUGCAGACACAGUGGUGGAUUCCUGUUCAGAAUAUGGUUAUCCGAUGAGUGACUGGGUACGUGGAUUACCAGGGCACCAGUUGUCUUAUAAGGCACGAGAGGGAGCGUGUCAUGCAAUAGAGGACUAUCUCCACCGACUGAGAGAGGAGAGCGGCUUACUGAGGACACACUGCUACAGAGCCAUCUUAGAAAGCAUCAUCAGAGCGGAGAGGCCCGAUAUGCGCAGACCAGGAGUUCAGACUGUUAGGAAAGCCCACGCACUGUCAUUUUCUGAGUAUGCCCGUUUGGCAUUGCCACGGGUGGGCCUACCUGCUGAUCUCCCAUUUGACACUGUCGCUGUGGAUGCAAUGCUAGCGCACCAGGGUAAAGUGGUGGCGUACUUCAGCCUGGUUCUUCUCCUCGCACCUGUGGUGGAAACUCUAGUGUUACUGGACAGAAUGAUCUUCCUGCAGGAGAGAGGUUUCCAGAGUAAACUCAUCCCACUCUUUGAUGCUGCAUUUUCCCCACGAAACCUGGUACUGGUGGCCGUCAAGCCCAAGGAAGCACAGAGCUGAAUUAAAUAACAUACACCAAGAUAUUUUGAAUCCAAGUUCUGAAUCACAACCACAUAAUUAGAUUAACAGUAACAUUUUAUAAAUAAAAUGCCCUUAAAUGAACCGUCACACAAACCAUCUGACAUUUGGAAACUGAAAUUAGAGGUCUGAUAUUCCGUUUUCCAGAGUGACUCGUUAAUGGCUCAUUGUCAGUCAUUUUUUUCCCCUGUCAUGCUUGCCUUCACUUAUGAAAACUGUCUCACAUUUUGUCUGAAUUGGAGAGAGGGAAAUUCUUCUUUUAAAUUCGAAAUUUUAAUAUAUGAUUUUAAUAUUUUUAACUGAUAAAAAGACAUAAGUUCAAACUUUGUGUUUUUUCAUAUUGUCAGACUGGAUUUAUUGCAUAAAAUUUUCUCUAAUUGUUUUUAAAGCACAGGAUUUAUAUUACACUGGACAAAUUUGCUAUUGUCUAUGGUUCAUCUCCAUUACAAAAGACAUAUUCAGACCCAGAAUCUACUGACCGCACGUGUAUGAAUGUUCUAUUUGUAAAUAAAAACAUAAAACACUUUUUAAUGAAAAGGCUGACA